ACAAAGCUUGAAGAAGAAAGGACAACAAGAACACCUAAAUACAAAAAAUGUCUUCUUACACCUGUUUCAUAUUCUUUUUCUUCUUCUCAUUCCUCGCAAGCUCCACGGUAUGCGCUCAAAGUCAUACUUAUAUUUACCAUAUGUGUUACCCAAGAACAACGUUUUCAAGAAACAGCACUUACUUCACCAAUCUUAGAACCCUUUUGUCUUCUCUCUCUUCCUCCAACGCCUCCUACUCCACCGGAUUCCAAAACGCCACGUCGGGACAAGCACCCGACAUAGUCACUGGCUUAUUCCUUUGCCGUGGAGAUCUCUCUCCUGAAGUUUGCCGUAGCUGCGUCGCCUUUUCUGUCAACGACAUCUUCAAUCGGUGUCCGAACGAGAGAGAAGUCGUGCUCUUUUAUGAUGAGUGUAUGCUCAGAUACUCUGACAGUCUCUCGACCGUACUUUCAGGCGGCGGCGAAAAGAAUUUAAGGAACAACAAGAAUGUUACAUCUAGUCAGUUUGAACGGUUCAACGAUGUGGUCCUGUCCACCUUAAACCAAGCCGUGAACGAUGCCUUGGCAAGUCCUAGAAAAUUCGCUGUGAGAAAGGCCAGUGUCACAGCAACACAAACUUUGUACGGACUGGUUCAGUGCACUCUUGAUCUGACCAGAGAAGACUGUUUUACUUGUCUGCAAAAAGCCAUCAAUGAACUACAAACUGACAGUCUUGGGGGAAGUCUUCUUACGCCGGGUUGUAAUUCCAGAUUUGAGAUUUAUCCAUUCUACAACGAAACCGCUGUUACAGCUCCUCCACGACCUAGGAAAAGUGGGAAUUCAAAGGUGUUAGUUGUAUCCAUAGUUGUGGCUAUUAUAGUGGCGCUUCUGCUUUUCAUUGCUGGUUAUUGUUUCCUUGCAAAGAGGGCAAAGAAGACUUAUUAUACAGCGCCUGCAUUUGAUGGAAACGAAAUAGCAAGUGUAGACUCGCUGCAACUGGAUUACAAAGUAGUCCAAGCUGCAACAAAUAAUUUUUCAGAGAGCAACAAGAUUGGCCGAGGUGGAUUUGGUGAGGUUUAUAAGGCUACAUUUUCAAAUGGGACUGAAGUUGCCGUGAAGAGAUUGUCAAAAACAUCAGGACAAGGUGACGCAGAGUUCAAGAAUGAGGUGUUAGUUGUUGCAAAACUUAAGCACAAAAAUCUGGUUAGGCUUCUCGGGUUUUGUCUAGAGCGAGAAGAAAGGAUACUUGUAUACGAGUUUUUGCCUAACAAAAGCCUUGAUUGCUUCCUAUUUGAUCCUGCAAAGAAGGGUGAGCUGGACUGGACUCGACGUUACAAGAUUAUUGAAGGAACUGCUAGAGGGAUUAUGUAUCUUCAUCAAGAUUCACAGCUCACGAUUAUACACCGUGACCUAAAAGCGAGUAAUAUUCUCCUAGAUGAAGAUAUAAAUCCCAAAAUAGCGGAUUUUGGAAUGGCUAGGAUCUUUGGACUGGACCAAACUGUAGAGAACACAAGUAGGAUAGUUGGGACCUACGGGUAUAUGGCUCCGGAGUAUGCAAUGCAAGGUCAAUAUUCAGUAAAAUCUGAUGUGUAUAGCUUUGGAGUGUCGGUACUUGAGAUAAUAAGUGGCAAGAAGAAUAGUAGCUUUUACCAGGCAGACGGUGCACAUGACUUGCUCUCAUAUGCUUGGAGGCUUUGGAGGAACGGGACACCAUUAGAGCUCAUGGAUCCAGUACUUGUAAAUAAUUUCCAGAUGACUGAAGUGGUUCGAUGCAUCCACAUUGGUCUUUUAUGUGUUCAAGAAGAUCAUGUUGACCGUCCGACCAUAUCGACCAUUGUUCUCAUGCUUACUAGUAACAUUACUUUGCCGGUUCCUGGUGAACCAGGGCUUUUCUUUCAGAGUAGAUCCACAAACGACCCGCUUGAUUCAGACCAAUCUAUGAAAAGCAAGUCUGUUCCUUGGUCAGUUGCCGAAGUCUCGUUCACCGAUUUAUAUCCUCGGUGAAGUGAAAUGCUUACCUUCAUGCUUGAUUCCUGAAUAAACUGGUGGUAAUGAACAUAAGUGUAAAACUUGUUUCGUCAUAGAAUGUUUCUAUGUAACUGUAACGACUAUAUAUUUCUCUAUGCAUAUAAGACAUGAUCGUCUACAAGUCAAGUCACUUUUCUCUA